UAAUUUGGCAGACUUUUAACAUCCAGUUUGCAGUAAUCCGUGGUAGAGAAUUAUGGAAGUAAUUCUUGUCCGUUCUUUUCGUUGUGUAUGGCGUUUAUGGUGCGUAGAUCGUUUCUUCUGUGACUGGCACUGUGUGGAUCUGUGGAUUUAGUAAUCUGUGAUAGGGAUGGGAGGAGUAGUACAAACAAAGUGACUCAAAGUGAGGAAGUGGAAGUUGUUGGUAGUGUGUUGUCAAUGUUUGUGGUUAAGAUUAAGUUAUUAAGCUAAAGAAGGGUUGAUUCAAGUCAAGCUGUUGUAUUUCUAAAUCCACUGGUCCACUGCCAAAUGUACAUUACAUCAUGAUAUUGCUUCGUCAAGAAAUUGAAGUUGGUCAGGAACAAAUAUUCUGAAUCAGAUAUUUGUGGUGCAUGAAGAAUUAUCAGCUUCCACCCCAUGUUAGGGAAUCGCAGCUGUUUUUUGAGAGGCCAGUUUGUUUCUGAACAUUCUCACAUUGCUUCAUCAUUGCGAUAUGUGUGGAAUGUGGGUGAUCCGCCGAAAGUCAGUGGUGGACAGAUGAAAGAGAAAGUUAGAAGUCUGUCAGAGACUUUUCCAGUAGCAGAUCAAAAUAUAACCUUACCAGAAAACGUAGCUACUCAUCAUAAAUUAAAUGUUCAAAGAAGUAGCAAACUUGCUGCAGUCAGAAGUCUCGAGUUGGCUUUGUCUGAAUGCAUACCCCAUAGUGUCAGCACCUUAUCUGAAACUCCAAAAAGAGUUGAACCAAAGAUGACUGCCAACCAUGGAUCUAGUAGACAGAAAUUCAGUGGAUCCAUUGAGAGUCCCCCUGUUAAGAAGAGAAAGGAACUAAAACAUGGCACAAAAAAAAUUCAUAAAGAUAAUGAGAGAAGUAAAUGUGACAUGAAAGAAAGAAUGGAGAAAUUAGAUAAAGCACCAAGGAUAAAUGAAGUGAAAAUACAGAUGUUAUCAAAAGGCUUGUUUCAGCAGCUAUUUGGAAAUGAGAAUUGUAUAAGGCCAACUGAAAAACAAGUUUUAAGGGCGCAAGAAGAACUGGAAAAACAUGAACUUCUUUCAUCAGAGAAGGCCUGUGUGGAAGAUGUUAACUUCAAACUUCCUCCCUUAGAGGGUGGUAAUCUGCAGAACCACUUCUAUAUAAUAGGUGAACAACAAAGUCGCCCAUAUAGAAUUCUUCUUGAAGACCUGGUUGGUCACCUACCAGAAGCACCGAAAGAAUGGCUUCUUCAGCCAGGUUGGACGAAGUACAGUAAAGAUAUAUCUCCUCAAUUAGUCCCCUUUCCAGAGGAAGAUGCACUUGUGUUUGAUGUGGAAGUUUGCCGUUCUGCAGGAGAGGCAGCAACUAUAGCCACAGCUGUUAGUCCUCAUGCGUGGUAUGCUUGGGUGAGCGAUGCAGUCAUUAGUGGCAGCAGUGGGACUGUUGGACGACAUUAUUCAACCAAAGACUUGAUUCCAUUAGAGAGUGGCCCUCUGCAGCGGGGUGUAGGUCAUGGGAUUAGUAAACAAAGAGUGGUAGUUGGACACAAUGUUUCAUAUGAUCGAGCCCGAAUAAAAGAACAGUAUUGGCUUGAAAGUACUGGUAUGCGAUUUGUUGAUACCAUGUCACUUCAUGUGUGUGUUAGUGGAGUGACAAGUUACCAGAGAGCACUUCUGAAAUCAUCUGUAGCAAAUGCUGAUGAGUUAGAUGUGGAAGCUAACAAGGAAGAUGAAGAAUGGCGAAAUUAUAGUUCUCUUAACAGUUUGAGUGAGGUUCACAAAUUGUACUGUGGAACAGCUCUGGAUAAGAUGACAAGGGAUGUAUUCAUUAAUGGCACACUAGAAGAUGUUGUCAGGCAGUUUCAGACCGUGAUGCAGUACUGUGCUGCAGAUGUUAUUGCCACUCAUAACAUUAUACGAGAAUUGUUACCUCUUUUCCUCUCCCGUUUCCCUCAUCCUGUUUCAUUAGCUGGAAUGUUGGAGCUUAGUACUGCCUAUCUGCCAAUCAAUUCUAAUUGGAAUCGUUACUUGACAGAUGCCCAACAGACCUUUGAUGAUUUGGACAGUGAAGCAAGAUUUUUAUUGGCCCGGCGAGCAGAUGAGGCUUGUCAAAUGCUGCAUGAGAAUAGGUAUCGUGAAGAUCUCUGGAUGUGGGAUCAAGAUUGGAGUACUCAAGAGUUAAAGCUUAAGAAGUCUGUUAUCAAGGGAAACAAAGAAAUUGAUUCUAAUAAGCAGAGCUCCCAGAAUUCACAUGACAGGGUUCAGGAAUUAAAUGGCAAUGAGAAUUCAAGGAGGAAUACAAGCAGAAACAGUCGUAACCUACAAGAUAUGCACACAUCUAAUGAAAUUGGAGGAAAUAGUCCAAACCAUUAUAUUGACAAAGACAGUCUUAAUGAAAUCGAAAAGUUAAGUGAUAAGUUUGAUUAUCUCACAGAAACCAAAAAACUGCUUCCUGCUAAAAUGCCACAUCUUCCUGGCUACCCAACGUGGUAUAAGAAACUGUGCCCUAAGUCAAGUGCACCUGACUGGGCUCCUGGACCUCAGCUUAUUAGUACAUCCAUGCAGAUCACACCAAAGCUGCUAUGUCUCACAUGGGAAUCUUAUCCAUUGCAUUAUGUGCGAGGGCACGGCUGGGGAUUCCUAGUUCCAUAUCGUACUAGCAUUGAUAAUGUGAGUGACACAUCCCCACAAUUUCCUCUCAAAAAGCUCCUAGAAAAAUUCCCCAUUCCUGGUGAAAGCCGUUUAAUUGCAGGAGCUAAUGAGAGUGAGGCUGCUCUUUUAAACCUCCGUCAGGCUGUAGAGGCUAAUGUGUCAGCAAGAGCUUUCAAUAAGAUCAGGAGGAGAGAUGAGAUUCCAAAUUGGUACAGAGGCACUGGUGUCUGGUGCAGUGUAGAUGUAGGGGAUUGUUGUUGGUUCUUGAAACUUCCCCAUAAAGAUGGGAGCAGUCACAGAGUUGGUAAUCCCUUGGCUAAGGAUUUUCUUAACAAGUUUUCUGAGAAUGUAUUGGCUGGUGCUGAUGCAGGAGCAGAGAAAGUUCUGGCAAUUGGGCGAAUGUUAUCAUACUGGAGAAACAAUCGAGAUCGUAUUGAACAACAACUUGUAGUGUGGUUGGGAAUGCGAGACCUACCACGAUCACUGCAUGAAUUGGAUACUGAAUUUGGUGCUAUAAUACCACAAGUGGUGGUCUGUGGGACACUAACACGUCGAGCUGUGGAACCAACGUGGAUGACAGCUUCAAAUGCUCACAAGGAAAGGAUUGGUUCAGAAUUGCGUGCCAUGGUGCAAGCUCCACCAGGUUAUAGCAUUGUUGGUGCCGAUGUGGAUUCUCAAGAAUUGUGGAUAGCAUCUGUAAUUGGAGAUGCCCACUUUGCAAAAAUGCAUGGGGCUACACCAUUUGGUUGGAUGACACUCAGUGGCAGGAAAGCAGAUGGAACUGACAUGCAUAGUGUUACAGCAAAAGCUGUGGGCAUUUCAAGAGACCAUGCGAAGGUGAUCAAUUAUGCUCGAAUCUAUGGUGCUGGUCAGCAGUUUGCUGAAAGACUUUUGAAGCAGUUCAACCCAGCGAUGUCAGAUAAUGAAGCCAAAGGAAAGGCUAGCAAAAUGUUCACACUGACCAAAGGGAAGCGAAAGUUCCGACUUAAGGAAUCAUAUUGUGAUAUUUUCGAAGAUCGCGUGUAUACAAUGACAGAAGCAUUGAAACUUAGUGCCAAACAUGGUGUCAUUUUGGAAGAAAUGUUUGAGAACCCUCAGUGGACUGGUGGCACAGAGUCAGCUAUGUUCAACUGCCUGGAAGAGAUUGCAAACAGCAAAGAACCUGUAACACCAUUCCUUGGUGGACGUUUAAGCCGUGCUCUAGAGCCAAAGGAUGGCGUGGAUGAUCGUUACCUGCCAACACGUGUAAACUGGGUUGUUCAAAGUGGUGCUGUGGAUUUCUUACAUCUCAUGUUGGUUAGCAUGCGUUGGCUGCUUGAUACUCGAACCCGAUUUUGCAUCAGUUUUCAUGAUGAAGUUCGAUACCUCGUGCCAGAUGAACAGAAAUAUCAAGCUGCUCUUGCCUUACAUGUGACCAACCUAUUAGUUCGUGCAUUCUUUGCGCGACAGUUGGGUCUGUAUGAUUUGCCACAGUCUGUAGCAUUCUUUGCCUCAGUGGAAGUGGACACAGUUCUUAGAAAGGAGGCACAUCAGGACUGUUGCACACCAUCAAACCCACAUGGCCUUAGCAGAGGCUAUGGCAUACCUCAGGGAGAAUCUCUGGAUAUCUACCAGGCACUGCAUAAAGCUGGUGGAGGCCUGAAAGUUGCUAACGAGAGAUUAAAGAAGAGACCUGCUGAUAUCACUGAAGUUUAAAAAGGACAGCUGAGUAAUACCAAAGAAUAUAUCCCUUCAUCAGUAAAAGAUGUCACGAGCAACUAAAAGGAAGCAUGUAAUCAAGGAGGUGCUUCUGGAUGAUUUGGAAUUACCAGCAGAUAAUCAAGAGGUA